ACUUGCAGGAGCUUUUUCCUUCCCCUGAUCUGUUGCAGAGCUGCGGGAGAGCUGCAGACAUGCAUCCUGCCCACUGAAACAGAAGAAACGUUGUGCUGACUUACAGGGAACCAGCAGAACCAGCAGGGAACCAGCAGGGAACGAACUGGGAGAAGCAAAGCGGAGAGUCUGCGGAUUAAACUUUUCUGGUGCGUAAAACUGGACUAUGAGCAAACUUUUCCCGUCUGCGGAACCAACGCGACUCAGGUUUAGAGAGUUGGAAGUUUCGAUGAGACUUUUUCUGCGGUUGUUGAAGGUUGCAGACUGAAAGAGAAGCAGAACUGUUCUUCUCUCGGAGGACUGAGGACACCAGACAUGGGACCGUUUCUCAUCUGCGCGCUUCUGCUCGUAAAAAUUACUCUUGGAGAUGCCUGUGCCAGUGGCCAGUUCACUGAAUCGGGGCAGUGUUGCAGUCUAUGUCCUGCUGGCUUCGGAUUGAAAGCAGCGUGCGGGAAAGAGGAUACCAAGUGCACACCAUGCCCACAGGGAAAGUUUUCCUCAUCUGAAGGUCUCGGUCCUUGCCUUCCCUGUGCUAAAUGCCCGGCCAGUGUUCCCAUGGUGGCCUCUUGCUCUGCCACUCAAGACACUCAAUGUGAAUGUGACAACGGCUUCUUCUUUUUGAGCAACCACGGCCUGUGUGCGCCUUGCUCCAAAUGCACUCGUGGUGAGGGUGUUAUCCGGGAGUGUGGUCCACUGGGAGACACGCAGUGCCAGAUCUGUGGCCCGGGAACAUUUUCUGAAGAGCGUAUCAGCACCAAACCCUGCCAGACCUGCACCCAGUGCUCUGAGAGUGAAGUGGAGAUCCGACACUGCCUGCCUAACUCUGACUCACUGUGCAUGGAUAAGAAGCUGCACAUUCUGUCUCGUCCUCCUCUUGGUGGUUCUGAUGCUCCUCGCUGGCCAGGUGUGGAGGAGGGGGAGACCAGUCCUGCCCCUGGAACUCCCAAGUUGACUCCGCAGGAUGAGGGAGGGAGCAACAACAUUCUGGCCUACGUGUCUGUUCUGGCUGCCGUGGUACUGGGUCUGCUUCUUUAUGUGGCUUAUAAAUGCUGGAGGUCAUGUAAACAGAAGAGGGCUCUUUCUAAGGCCCGUGCAGCUGAGUUGGGGGCAUCUCCAGAGGGAGAAAAGCUCCAAAGUGACAGUGGUGUAUUUCUGGACUCUCACAGCCUACAGGACAACCAGCCCAGCAAAGGUACUAAGAGGGACAGCAAGCAGGACAACCGUUUGUACAUCAACCUACCCCCCCACAGACAGGAAGAGGUGGAGCGCCUCCUGCAGGAGGGAGCGGGCCGUGGGUGGAGGCAGCUGGGUGCAGCGCUGGGCUAUGAGCCUGAACAGCUGGACCUGUUUGGCCGUGGAGAGGCUCCUGCUCACACACUCCUUUCUAACUGGGCCCAGAAAGAAGGUUCCACUCUGGGACUGCUGUGUUCGGCACUGGCACGCAUUGAGAGGCCCGAUGUGGUAACAGCUCUUAACUGCCCCACGCAGGGUGUUUCUUUGGUCUGAAUGCUCCUCAAACACACGUGUGACAAUAACAGACUGAAGAUCUUUCAUCGGAGUGACAAGGAAGGCAAUCUGAUAUCGACACCUCUGUCACUGUUGGAGGAUAAUGGUCACUAAUGGUUCAUAAUUGCUUUGUUGGACACUUAUAGUUUUUACUAAAGAACAAAACAUAUUCUUGUAUCACCUUCCUUUGCCCCAGUUUAUGUCACCAUUUGAUUUUACAUGGAUCCAACUGCAUGAAAGAAUCUCCUGGAAUGUUUCUGUUGUCGGUACUGAGCAAAUCUCCAUUUUACCAGUGGCAAUGAAAACUCUGAAAACACGUUUUCAAUUCUGGUAAAGAGACUUUACAGAAACAUGGUCAUAUUGGAUUAGAACUGCAAUAACAGUCAGUAUUCGGUUUGUGACGAGAAACAGAAUAAUGUGUAUACAUGUGUUGCAGAAUUGUGAUUAUUAUACAAAAACACUGUUUACAUGUUAUUUGGACAGAAAUCAGAUUUAUCCCCCGCAUUUACCAGCCUUCCUCUGUGCUAUUGUAAACAAAUAUGGCUUAUUAGAUCAUCACGUUUUCCACGUAAAUUGCCUUGUUCUAUGAAUUACAACUUCAGCAAACUCUUUGGUAUUGCAAUUGAUUUUUGCCAGAAUGUGACGGUCCAACAACACUUCUUUCUGUCAUUUUGUGACAUGAAAUGGGAAUGCUUAAAAGAAAGAGAAGAUAACCCAAGAUACCAAAUUAAGGGUUAAAAUGGCCAUGUUAUCAAUCUUCCCGACGAUGCUUGCAAUUGCUAAAAAUACUAUCUAAUGUGUACAUGGGAACUUCUCAUUAGAUUUUUUUUUUUUUUUUUGCUUUGUACUGUUUCUCCUUUUUCUUUUGCAGUCACUAUUUAGCCUUGGUAGUUAUUUACAAUGAGGAUAUAAUCUGAAUCGUUGAUGUUUCAAAUCUCAUUAGAAGACACAAAAAUUAAGCAUUCUGUAAAAUAUAGAAACACCAUUCUUAGCUCUUCUUAAUAAUCAUCCUUGAUUGUAAAUAUCUAAAAUAUUAUUUUGAUAAGUCAUGGCUAUGAAGACUGAAUGAAGGGAAUAGACAGUCUAUUAUCCUUACGUUCAUAUUACACAGCUCCAUUUUUGCCACCUUCAUUUUUCAUAUUAGACACACGCACACACACAAAUCGAAAGACACUGUUAACAUCAAUGCUCGUGUCCCAAGUUAUUUUGCUUCUGUAUUUAUUUCAUCACCUUUUGAAGAAUGCAACUUAAUUAAAGUCUAUGAGAACCUGGACAUCUGCUGUGUGCUAAUUACACUAUGUGAUGGCCUCAGAUGGGUCUGAUAUUUUUUUAAUGACAGCCAUGUAUGGUUUUGUGUAUAUAUUUCCUUAUCGUAUGCCUCAAUGUGUUUUUGUAUGAGUUUUAUUCAUAUAAUAAAUAACUUUGAU